AUGAGAAUCUACAGUUGCCACUUCUGCUCGUCUCCGGUUUACCCCGGGCAUGGAAUAACCUUUGUGCGUAACGACUCCAAGGAGUUCAAGUUUUGCCGUUCAAAGUGCCACAAGAACUUCAAGCAGAGAAGAAACCCAAGAAAGCUCAGAUGGACCAAGGCAUUCCGUAAGGCUGCAGGCAAGGAGUUGGCGGUGGACUCGACGUUGACGUUUGCCAAGAGAAGAAACGUUCCGGUGAGAUACAACAGAGAGUUGGUCCAGACGACAUUGAAGGCAAUGGCCAGAAUCGAGGAGAUCAGACAGAGAAGAGAGCGUGCGUUCUACAAGAACAGAAUGAGAGGCAACAAGGAGCGUGCUCUCGCGUCGGACAAGAAGUUGGUGGAGGAGAACCCUGUGUUGCUGAAGAUGAGAGAGGUCGAGCUCAGAAUCAAGGAGGAGAAGAGAGCCGCCAGAGAGGAAAAGAAGAGACAGGAGGAGCUCGAGGCAGAACAGCAGAGCGACGAGAUGGAGGUUUCCGAAGAAGAGUCGGAAGAGGAGGCGCAGGAAGAACCCCAGACCAUCCUGCUCAAGAACAGAAGAAGAAACAAGGUCAAGUUUUAA